AUGCUCCUCGUCGACGGCAAAGAAGUCACCGAUGCGGCCGGCAUCACAGACGCCCAGCGUGACUUCUACGCUAAGCUCUAUGCGCACGUACCCAUUGACCCAGCAGCUGCCCGGCACAUCCUCAGCCAUGCAAAGCCCAACGAGAUGCUCGACGACGAGGACCACGAGUUGAUGAGCAGACCGCUGGAGGCAUGGGAGAUCGUCCACGCCAUCAACAAAACUGCAUCUGGCAAGUCCCCAGGGCCCGACGGGCUGGGCACUGCGUUUUACAAGAAGUUCAAGCACGAGCUGGCCCCAAUCCUCGCCGCCAUCGCCAACCGCUCGCUCGAAAAUGGUCGCCUUCCGGAAUACAUGCAGGACGGCUUCGUCAAGCUGCUGUACAAGAAAGGCCCGCGCUCUGACCUUGGCAACUACCGACCAAUCUCGCUGCUGAACUGCGACUUCAAACUCCUGACCAAAGCAGUGAUCGCUCGGCUGCAGCUGGUGGUCAACGACAUCAUACCACUCAACCAAAACGGUUUUGUCACCUCUCGGACCAUCGAUGGCUGCGUCCAUCUCACCCGAGAUGUGAUUGAUCUGUGCAACACCAUCAAAACCCCUGGAGUGAUUGCCAUGACAGACGCGUCCAAGGCGUUCGACAAGGUCUCACACGACUUCCUGUAUGCUGCACUCAGAGCGUACGGAGUCGGGCCAGGCUACAUCAACAUGAUCAAACUCUACAACACCAAUGGCCGCUCCUCGAUGGUGUACCAAGGCCGAGUCUCGGAUCACUUUCCAAUUCAAAG